AUGUUCUUCUACCUAGUUUUCAUUCUUUUGCUUUUCAACGUCUUCACUCAGGAGGGUUUCGCUGAAAAAUGCGGAGACAGACUUCAAUACUGCAAAUUAGCGAAGAAGCAACGUCGAUGUCGUUUGGAGAGAGCUCAGGAGUUUAUAAAGAAGUUUUGUCCAAAGACGUGCGGGUUCUGUAAACCUUGCCCUCUUGUUCUUGUGCAUGAAACUCUUCUUUCUUCGAUAAAUGAAGCGAGUAGUAAAGAAGUAGUAGAUCCAGCUAUUCAGUGUUGUGUGGAGCCGCUUAUGCAGGCUUUUACGUACCUCUGUGUGCCAUUUCUUGCUCAGCAGAAAACACGCAUCAGAGAUCGGCCUGUCAUCAGCAUAAGAGACUACCCUAUCUACUCUGGCAAUGCUGAUGAAAAGAAGAUAGGCGGUUGCGCGAUAAUCCGUGAGGAAAAAGCACAACAACCCGAGGACUACAGUAAGGACCUUUUACGUUGA